AUGUAUGCGAAACAGUUUGCGCCAAAUGAAUGUUUUGUUGUUGGGAAACGCCAAACUAAAACAUUAGAAAAUGAUAUUAUUCUCUAUAUGAAGCCAGCACAAAAAUCAGCUAUUUCAUAUGUUGUUAAAAAUCAAGAAUUUGAACAAUAUUGUCAACAUGAUGGUUUACGCAAUGUUUUAUGUUCAUAUGCAAUGCAAGUAUCAACACCAAAAUGGUUAGGCUAUGCAACUUUACAUUCAAUACCAUGUAUAGUUGAUGCAGUAACAGCUCAUUCUGAAGAUCUUGAUUGGUCCAACAUCGAUGAUUUCAAUGAUAUAUAG